ACCUUUAACUCCAGCCGCAGUUUCUACGUGCGUGUUACCGUGGAGCGCUUACCGACAGCAGCAGCUAUCGGAAGAUAAACAAACAUGGCGGAGACCCACAGUUUGCAGGACAUGAGGCAGCAGGCGGCUGUCGCUGCCAAAGUCUUCAUACAGAGAGACUACACGAAUGGAACUGUGUGCCAGUUCCAGACCAAGUUCCCCUCUGAACUGGAGACCAGGAUCGAAAAGCAGCAGUUUGAGGAGACCAUUCGGAUUCUGAACAACCUGUACGCUGAGGCAGAGAAGCUGGGAAGCCAGUCGUAUAUCGAAGGUUGCCUGGCCUGUCUCACCGCUUACACCGUCUUCCUGUGUAUGGAGACGCACUAUGAGAAGGUUUUGAAGAAGAUUGCAAAGUAUAUUCAGGAGCAGAAUGAUAAGAUCUACGCUCCCCGGGGCCUCCUGCUCACCGACCCCAUCGAGAGAGGACUGCGAGUUAUCGAGGUCACCAUCUUCGAAGACCGAAGCCUCACCAGAUAAAAGCCGCCUGGCAGGAGCCUCUCAGUUGGAGCACGCGCCGCCCACCUCCACGACCAUCCCACACCGGACCCCUCAACUCUGCGUCUUUACAAUCGGAGAAGCUUCGACAGCCUCCCGCACGCUGCCGCGUGUGUUCACCGAGCUUUUGACAGGACCUGCCCGUCUUUGUUUCUCACUUAUUGUGGAAGAGCACAAGCCCCAUCACUCCGCAUGUCAGCGUGUUUCCCCCGUGAGCUCCAAACAUUCCUUCAGGUUUUGAUUCCACGCCGGUGCCAGGCAUGUGAUGUUGUAGUCCUGACGUCCGUAUGGGUGAGCUGGCUCCGACUGAAGCAUGGAAAGUGCUCUUGUGUGUCGACGUGCCUGUGCCACAUCUGAAUGUUGCUUUUAAUCCAUCCUGCUCUGUAACUUUAUAUGACUUUUUAAUCUUUUUUUUUAUGACCGUUUCAUCUCUCAAACCUCCUGAAUGUUCGUCCCCUUCUCUUCUACUUACAUCGACCACCAACCUGGGGGCCAUGAUGGACUUUUGAAAAUCUCUUUUCUGAUUGGUGACUAAUGUAAAUAUGUUGAUGACUCUGUUUUGCUGACGUGGUAUUUAUCUUGUUCCUGUUGACGUGUAGUCAAGCACCGAUCAAUAAAAUGUCAAUGUAACCGCCUCACCCGGGGCUUUUGGCGUCUCUUUAU